AUCAAAUCUCAAUCACAGACUGGAGAAAAAAAAAAAGGAAAGACACAAAAAGGGAGUUUUUUUUUUUUUUUUUUUUUUUUCUCUCUCUUUUAAUAAAAGACCAUCCAUCAUCGCCGUGUUCGCAUUCGCAUAACGCUGUAUUACCGCCUGCUUGACCGACCUGACUUGAUCUCGUCUCACUCAAACCUGGGGAAGCAUUUCAAACUCUUCGUUACAGCAAACAUAAUUCAGCACACAAAUAAGAAAACCCCCCCAGCAAAAAUGACCGAAGCAGCCAACCUCGACUCCUUCCCAACCCUCUUCUCCCUCAAGGGAAAGGUGGCGGUGGUGACGGGAGGGUCGCGCGGGCUGGGUCUGUCGGCCGCCUCGGCGCUGCUGCAGGCGGGCUGCUCCAAGGUGUUCAUCACGUCGCGCAAGGCGUCGGCGUGCGAGUCGGCGUGCGCCACGCUCAACGCGCUGCCCGGCAUCUCGGGCCGCGCCAUCUCGGUCCCGUCCGACUCGGCCAGCGAGGCCGGCGUCAAGAAGCUGCUGGACCUCGUCGGCGCCCACACCGACCACGUCGACAUCCUCAUGGCCAACGCGGGUGCGAGCUGGGGGGCGCCCUUUGACUCGCAUUCCGACGACGCCUUUGCCAAGGUCAUGAACCUCAACGUCAGGGCCGUCUUCAACACUGUUAGGUUGUUCGCGCCGCUGCUGCAGAAGCGCGCGACGGUCGAGGACCCGAGCAGGGUUAUCAUCACGGCUAGCGUUGCUGGGUUGGGUAUCGGGACGCUUGGCAAGAAUGGAACUUACGGCUACAGCGCUUCCAAGGCUGCCGUGCUGCACCUGGGCAACAACCUGGCCGUGGAGCUGGGCCCACGCCACAUCACGGUCAACAGCAUCGCUCCGGGCUUCUUCCCGUCAAAGAUGGCCAACGGCCUGCUCGAGAUGAGCGGCGGCGCCGAAAAGAUCGCCCAGGCCAACCCCAUGCGCCGCCUUGGCCGCCCCGAGGACAUUGCCGGCGUCGUCGUCUACCUGGCCAGCCGCGCCGGGUCCCACGUCAACGGGGCGUGCAUCGCCAUCGAUGGAGGUGCCGUUUGGCAGCGCGGGGAGUUGAUGCUCGACUCGAAGCUGUGAUUUUGUGAGGGGUGGAAUAGGGGUAAUUCUUUUUUUUUUUUUUUCUGGGCUGGUUUUGAUGGAAUUGGUUUGGUGCUGGCCGUUUAUUUUUGUACGUUUUCAACUGUAAGAGGUUAUCUGGGUAGGCGUAUGCUAUUAACGAUAUCAUCGAAUCUAUUCUGGACGGAUCAAAGAUUGAUAGAAGACACGAAGAAGAAGAAAAAAAAGUCACUUUUUC